AACAAUUAAAUAAAAUUCCCUAGAACAUAUCAUGGUGCAAUGUAUUUAUGUAUACAACGGUUGGUUGAAUGACGAAUUUGUUUAAUAUACAAAAGGAUUGUGUUAGAAAUAUGCAGAUUGCAUUAAUUCUUGGAUGCUGGUCAUUGCUGGUACAUGCAGAAUCUGUAAUACUUCCAACAAUUUAUUGGGAUCCUAUUAAUCCUUUAUUUGCUUGUGAGAAUACUAUUCAAGUUGAGUAUGAUGAUGUAUUAAAUUUUAAAUGUCGCGACAGUAGCAUUCCUUACAGCCAAUCAAUUGAUGAUACUGAUAUACUAUAUGAAAAUGCCUAUUUUCUUGGAACAAACCAGUAUAUGUAUGAUACUUGUAAUGCAACAGCAAGUGAACAAAUAUUGAAUUGUAACAGUGGUAAAAACUCUAUAGAUAGCUAUACAAUGGUAUUUUCUAAGUACUCGCCCAGUGGAAAAUCAACAUUUAAGGAUGGUGAAACAUAUUAUAUAAUAGGUACAGGAUUUCGUUUUAAACCUAAUUUAACAAAUCUAAUAAAUGGAAGUUGUAAUUAUGUUUAUAAAAGUGGACAAUACAAAUUGAGGUUAAAAAUAUAUGUUUGUUCACCAGAAGAAACUUGUAAAAAAUGCAACUCAGAUGCUUGUUAUUUUAAAGAUUGUCAAGUAGAUUGUACCUCAUGGGAAACAAAUUAUUUACAGUUAAUUAAGUCUAAUAACUCAUGUGUCUCUCUACAGACGCGCACCUGUACAAAUCAAUUGAUUGGAACUGUAUCUAUAGAGAAAAGAGAAAUUCCUAUUACAUGUCCUACUCUAUCAACUUUUACUGUUCCCACUCUAUCAACUUCUAAUGUUCCCAACCUAUCAACUUCUACUGUUUUCACUCCAUCAACUUCUACUGUAACACAAUCGUUGUCUUCCAGAGAUUUUAACCUGAGUUGCACAUUGUGGCAAACUGAUUAUUUAAAAAUCAUCACAAGCUCAGAUAAGAAUUGCUCUUAUCUUCGAACUCGAAGAUGUACAAAUCAAGAAAAUACAAGAGUAGAACUAGAAGAAAUUCCUACAAUAUGUCCUAAUACAACUUUUUUUCCUAUAGUCGCAAGCGUGGUUGGUGAAAAUAACAACAAACAGACGUUAACAUAUAUAGCAAUAUUUGUUUCUAUUUUGGCGUUUCUCUUAGGAAUAUUUUUCGGUGUUUUUAUUCUUAAAUGCUUUAUUCUGAAAUCUGAAUGUCGUGAUUAUCAAACAAAAGAUUGUGGAAUGCAAAAUAGUGCUUAUACCGGUAGUACAGAUUUUAAAAAAGGAAACGAGAUAAAUUACAUCGAAAAAAUUAACAAUAGUCACGUUUAGUUUAGUUUAGUUUAUAUUUUAAACUUUUUGUUCUAUUUUAUGCUGAUUUGUAUCAGUGGUUAAGGACCUUUUUUGAAAAUAAUAAAUUUAAGUAACCUUCAUAUUUUUCAAAAAUGAACGAUGUUUAUUUUAAGGUUAUUUAAGGUUUUAAGAAGUUUUCUUG